AUGUCCAGCGCCAUGCUUCGGAGGUGGAAAGCAACUACUCUGGUAUAUGCCGUUCUGCUUUUGAUCGUGGGCACGGCGUUCUUUCGGGAACUAUGCAAGGACAAUUCAUUCAACCCAUCUACAUUGAACGAAAAUAUCGUCGCCACCGACGCCGACGACACCGCCGCCGCUGAAGACGAGUCGGACUUCUGGGAAUGGGAGACCACGACCCGGUUCUCCGCUAGAAAGAAAGACUUGAAAGAGGAUGACCAAAUUUGCGAUUCAUUCCCUUCCCACAUGUUAUCCCAAGUUCAAGUCAUUUUGAAAAUCGGUGCAUCUGAACCGGCCGAUCGUGUAGAUACCCAGAUAUCUACGGUCACCCGCUGCAUUUCGAACCUCCUUAUCGUCUCUGAUAUGGAAUCUGAGCUCCACGGACAUCGCGUUCAUGACGUCCUCGCAGACCUACCGGAAUCAGUUUGGUCUAAUGAAGCCGAUCUCGAAGCCUACGAAGCAUUGAAACAAGGCAGAGUAAAGUCUGUCAACAACCAGCAGGGCUGGAACCUUGAUCGCAUGAAGUUUCUGCCCAUGCUGGAAAGAGCAUAUGAUGUCAAUCCGACGGCCAAAUGGUACGUGUUUCUAGAAUCGGACACUUAUUAUAUCUGGGACAACCUUUUCCGGUUGUUGGAUCAAUUCGACCCAACAGUUCCAUUGUAUUUCGGUUCCCCAUCGCCGGGGAAACCAGAUGAGGGCGAGACUACAUGGUUCGCGUACGGAGGCUCUGGAUACAUUAUCUCGGCCGCUGCGCUUCAAAAACUCGUUUAUCGAGAAACGGGGGCUUUUGGAGAAUACAUUCAGCCAUCGCUGAGUGCACAAUAUGCGGACCUAAUCAGGGGUACUGAUUGCGGCGACACAGUAGUCGGUUGGGCAUUAUAUCAGAAGGGCAUCAACUUAUCCGGUGCAUUCCCCAUGUUCAACCCACAUGCGCUUCAUAGCGUUCCAUUCGACGAGAUGCACUGGUGCCGCCCAGUAAUUAGCAUGCAUAAGACGAAGUUGGCGGACAUGGAAGGGCUGAUGAAAUGGGAAAAUGAACGGGAUCGGAGGUAUCCCCUCUUGUACGCCGAACUUUUCAACUAUACCGGAAUGGGAACAUUCGACAAACGACCCGACUGGGACAACGCAGAUUGGGGUGGAUGGCAAGAACCCCCUGAGUCACCAGCCCACACUUCACUCAAGGCCUGCGGUGCAACUUGUCAUGGCAAUGUAGACUGUCUCUCAUACACAUACAGUUCAACAGGACACUGUUUCUUUAUUAGAACCAUGCGGCUGGGGGACAAGAGACCGCUAAACCUUGAGGAGCGACAAACAGCUGGAUGGGAUCUGCAGAAGAUGCAGAAUUGGAUUGCAAACCACCAGUGCGGGAAAGCGCAGUGGGUGAAACCAAGCCUCCGUCGGAUCUUUUAG